CAGCGUUAGAGCUUCAGUCCUCAACAUGAACGCUCAUCUCAUCCUCAUCUUCUUCUCUCUCAGCUCCUUGUUGCAGGACGGUCUCACUGAGCUUGUGUUCACUGGACCUGAAGGAGGAUCCAUCACAGUCAGCUGCUCGUUUAACUUCCCUGGAUGGAAGAGGCGUUUCUGCAGGAAGUCGUGUGAAGACGGAGACGUCCUGAUUGAGACAGACAGCGUCACAGCUCAGAGAGACAGAUACAGCAUCAGAUACGAAGAAGGAAUGUAUCCAGCAUUCCCUACAUUUGUUCAUGUGACAAUAAAACAGCUGAGGAAGUCCGACUCUGGACUUUACACGUGUGGUUUGAAGAGAUUUCUUGGUCGAGACGCAGACGAAAGAGUUGAGAUCAUCGUCACAGACGCUUCACCUUCUUCGACACCGAACCGGUCAGUGGAACCUUCUCCAACAUCUCUCCCAGCAGCCACAGCCACAGCUCCCAGCUCCAGCUCUCCUGAAACCAGUGAAGAGUCAUCUGCAACCUCCAGCUCUCCUGGAACCAGUGAAGAGUCAUCUGCUCCUCAGACCACAGCUCUUCUGCUGAAUGUGAGUUUCAUCAUCAUCAUCGUCAUCACACUCACAGUGACUGUGAUGGCUUUCUGCAGGGUCAGAACCAGUAAACACACAGGUUGAAGACGACACUGAGGGGGAGUCUAACCUCAGUGACUCACUCCACAGCGCCCCCUAUAGACAUGUUCACACUGUUACUCACGUACAGAUGAACUGUGUCAGUGGAGAAGCUUCAUGUUCUCUGUUCUCCACUUUGCUUCAGGUUAAAUGUAACUGUAAAUAUAACU